AUGUAGUUCGUCUGCCCACAUCAGCUCGCUUGAGUCGAUGAUCGACCGCGAUCACCGCGCCACGAUCACGUGUGGACAUACUACCCGCCAGGUCGGCCUGGGGGUCGGGUUUGACACCAUCAACGCCCACGGCGUAACACCGCCCGUUGACCGACUCACGGCUGAGUAAGGUACCGAACAAGUAGUACAAGAACGUGCGCGUCGGCGAGGAAGACGGCACAAAGUACAAGGGCGAACAUGACCACUGCUGCCGAUAGCGACCCCGAGAAACUCUGGCUCGAGACCCCACUCGUCUAUUCGCCGCACAUCUCUGCUCGCCUCGGCUGUAGUGUGUAUCUGAAGCUUGAGCACCUCCAGCCUGCCCAGUCCUUCAAGUCGCGCGGGAUAUCGUACUUCAUCCUGCACGCACGUCGCAGACGUGGACCUGAUGUCCAUGUUGUCAUUGCCUCUGGAGGGAAUGCCGGCCUCGCCGCCGCCUGCGCGUCCAAGGCUCUCGGUCUUCGGUGUACCGUCUUCCUUCCAAUGGGUGUCAGCGCAUCCACCGUAGAGUUCAUGAAGCGAGAAGGCGCAGAGAUCGUUACCGUAGGCAAGAUCUACCUCGAUGCCCUCAAAGCGGCGGAGAAGGCUGUAGAAACGGACUCGAACGCUAUCAUGGUCCCUGCUUAUGACGAGCCCCUUCUCUGGGAAGGCCAUAGCUCGAUGAUCGCAGAGCUCACCCGACAGCUACCCAACAAAGGCAAGCCGGACGCCAUCUUCUGCAGCGUCGGCGGCGCCGGUCUCUGCGGCGGAGUUAUGCUCGGCUGCAAGUCGGUCGGAUGGGAUGACGUGUCUGUCGUCGCUCUCGAGACUACUGGGUCGAACUGUUUCUACCAGUCACUCGCUCUCAACCCCGGUGUGUUCUCCACUGGCACCACAGCCGAGCCCACGAAAGGUGUCCGCUCUGCAUAUUGCAACAAGUACGACGUGACCGUGGCGCACCUUCCCACUCUCACUUCACGCGCGACGUCGCUAGGUGCGAGCUCGCCUGCUUCGGGGUCAGUGCGCAUGGCGCUCGACAGGAAGGGCGGGAUAAAGAGCGUCUGCGUAGACGACGAACUAGCCAUGCAAGCUGGGCUACUCUUUGCCGACGAACACAAGAUACUCGCGGAGCUUGCCUGCUCGACCCCGCUCGUACCUGCGUACUCCCGCGAGCUGUUCGACAAACUUGUACCACCGUCCGCGUCUGGGGAUCCGCGAACCGUCGUCUUCGUUGUGUGCGGAGGGUUCAAGAUCUCGCUCGCGGAGUUCGAACAGUAUCGGACCAUCGUAGAGAGCAAGGUGAAGGGACAGACACACUGGGAUGUGUUGUGUAACGGUGAGCAGUGGAAGAUCGCCGUGUGAGCACUGGGUUUUCUACUACUCUGCACUGUACUGUUUCCCACUGCGUUCGCACGUACUGCGUCAAAUCGAAAGGUGCACACUUUUCGCCC